AUGCGUAUAGACUUCAAACAAAAGAUAGUCAACCUCGAUGGAGUCCCAAUCAAACUACAGAUAUGGGACACGGCCGGAGAGGAGAGGUUUCGGACCCUGACAACGGCGUACUACCGAGGUGCCCAAGGAAUUGUCCUCGUCUACGAUGUGACAAAUCUUGACUCAUUUAACCACUUGUCUUACUGGUUAAGAAAUAUUGAAGAGAAUGCUUCCCCCGAGGUCGUGAAGGUGUUAGCAGGCAACAAGUGCGAGGUGAGCAGCCAACAGCGAGCAGUCGACAAGGAGAGAGGACAAAAGUUGGCGGAGAGUUUUGACAUGCCGUUCUACGAAGUGUCAUGUCGCGGAGAUGUCAACGUUCAGGACACAUUCCUCACCCUCGCCCGACUCAUCCGAGACCUGCGACAAAGACGAGCGAGUUUGUUUGAAGAGCGUGAGCGACAGAGUGAUGGUGUGAAGUUAGAUGCAGAACAGAAAGCUGAGAACAGCACCUCAGCUUGUGGUUCUUGCUGAAACCUCAGUGAAGCCUCAACAGACAUCAGCCCUUAUACAUCAUGCUCAGACAACCAUUUCCGCUAGUCACGUUCUGAAUUCUUCCCAUGUCUGCCAUGCAGUUAUCAGACUAAAAACUCUUGAGAACUUGCCUUCAGUACCACUUAAAAAACAUCUCCAAUAAAUGCUUCACUGAUAAACUCCGAAUAUAUAUUGUAAUUCUGUCAAUAGCAUUUGCAUACUAAGAUUUGUUAGAAUACAGGUGCUAUUGGCAGUUGCAAUAAUGUCACAUAUUUAGCUGAGUUAUCAACACCUGUUUAUAUUUAGCUGUGAUACCAACACCUAUAUGCAUUUAGCUGAGUUGUCAGCAAUUACAUGUCAGCAACACCUGUGCAUAGGUAGUUUGCCCCUCCCCCCCAAUAGAUGAUACUAUAUGUUCUUUGUGUGAACUCUUAUAUUUUUUAUUCACACUUUCAUUUAAUCAAAAAGUAACGGUGAAAAUUUUAACAUAGUAAGGUGAUCAGGUGGAAAUAGUACGUAUUUGGUGAUUAGUUCCCUAGACAUAUUUCUCGGUUUUGAAACAAAUGUAGCCUUAUUGAUUUUGAAAUAGUGUUAGGACAAUGCAGUAUUUACCUGUUAGUAUUAUAUAUAUAUUUUCUUUUUGACUACCACUGUGUUAUGCUUAGUUUACUUUUCAAUGCAGAAUUCGUAGCUGGAAGUAUUUCUUCAAAGAUGCACUAGACAAGACAUGGUUAGUAUGCGUCAUUCAUAGGUAUUGAAGAAUGGGAACAUGUAUGCUAAGGAAGGGUUGAGAAAUACCUAGGUAAGCCUUGUUUUAAAUAGGUGAUAAUUUUAAUGCAGCUGAUACAGAUAUUAAUUCCUUGAUAUACUGAACACCGAUCUGGUUUUCUUGCAGACUUACCAGCACCUGUAUGUGGUUAAGGGUAACAAGCAUACAUUAAUCAUGAACAUAUUGGCACUUAACAAUUGCUCUUUAGGAAACAGACGUAGAAAACAGAAAUACACGACAAAUGCCCAUUUACCAGUAGGGAUAUUGGAUAGCGUGAAUACCUAUUUCUAUACAGUGCAGUACCUGGUAACUGAUAACUGUCAGGCUAUGAAAGACAUUAAGACAAGACGAGAUUUGAGAAAAGAAUAGUUAGCUUUUGAUUGAGAUUCAGGUCUGUUUAAUUAUACUGGGGAAAAAGAACUAGUAGAGUAUAUACAUCUAUUGAUAGUUUACAAUGAAAAUGAUGCUACUAUACGUCUUUUUAAAAAAGAUUCAUUGCAGAACAUUGUAUUGUAAUGUCAGCUUUGCGUUUAUGAUGUUGCUUAAGAAUCAUCAAUAAACCGGUAUUGCAUCUCCCUUGGAAUGCUCUACAGUUUAUUACCCAGUGUUACGGAUUUACAGCCAAAGUUAACAGUGAUAAAAAUGGCAUAUAUAUAUGUACAUAUAUGCAUAAAUCGGAAAUUCGUGGCCUAAAAGUACGGCAAAAUGAAGUAAGAAUGGAUGAUUUGUUAAACAAAAGGCAAUUCAAGUAUUUGGUAAACUUAGGAUAUUGGAAUCUGUGUGUUAUUAAACUGUAAGUAUAACAUUAUAGGUUAAUAAUUUGUGCAAUAUGACUAAAGAAUAAGAACCAUGCUUGAGCAUUGAUUUGCUUCGAAUGAUUUUAAAGGAGAAAAUAUUAUUACACGCGGUACUGUCUUAGCAAUUUAGCAAUAUAGAUAUUUUUCAUAAAUAUCAUUAUUCUGCUUGUUAUGUUACGAAAAGCCGCUUUACCCUUUGGUCAAAAUGCACAGGGUGUUUGAGUGCUCAACAUUGUGGUUCUGUGCCUGAACGACUGUCAGUAAUACCAGGUCAGAUGCAUAUUAUACAGUACAGCUAAUGACAUCAUAGCCUUACAGAAGACUGGACUGAUAAAUCUGAAAAGCAGUGAGGGACUAAUAUUCCAUAUAUUUCUGCCAAGGCAUUACGCUGGAAUAUGUUGCAGCUGCUGUAGUAAAAGUGCCUUGAAGACCAUAGGUCAUGGAUAAUACCAUAGGGAUGAAAAUAUACUGCAGAAAAUACUGUAAUCUGACCAGUAACCAGAAUUUUAAUUUGAAAGCAAUCACACUUAAUUAUAGCCAAAAUAUAGUUUUAGAUCAGAUCAGUGCAGUUUGUUUCCAGAUUUCAGACAGCUCUAGAUACCAAAGAAAGAUUAUUCCUUUUUUAACAAAUGGGAAAUAAAUCGAACAAUAAUAGUAUGAUGUUGCGCGCGCGCGCGCGCGCGUGAACACACACACACACACACACACACACACACACACACACA